GUUGACCUUACAAAAUCAUAAGAGCGACGUAUAAUGAACGGAAUCAGCAUGUGCCACUGCGAUGCGCAUUCACCAGGGCAUCUCGCAAGGCAUACUCGAUCAGGUGAGCCGGACCCCACGUGGAGUCGGGAAGCUGCCCACGCCUGAGGCACCCGCCCACCCGGCGUACUACAUACACCUCUUUAUCUCCCACGGCCGUGUUCCUCCCAACCAAUAUCAGCGUGGUUGGACGAGAAAGAUCUCCGGUAGGACAUGCACCGGCUCUUGGAUGGACUAACCCUAGCAUAGUUUUACUUUCACAGCCUCGUUCUGAGCUCAAACGUUGGAAAGUCGCGGUGCUCAAGCCGUUCUUCGCAUUGCUUACCCGUUCGAGUUGCCUCCAUUCUGGGCUUGGCUUUCCUUAUCCGACUGGGUCCAUCUUUCUAUCGCAUGUUGCCCCCAGCAUAGCACGAUCGACCAGCCGCUUCUGCACGCUGCGCCUGUUUCAAGAUGGUCUUCUGCGGCAAGCCAAGCAAAGGCUGCGGGGAGUGCCGCUCUCGCAAGAUCCGGUGCGAUCAGGCGCGGCCAACCUGCUCCCAGUGCGCCAAGGGCAACCGGGUCUGCCCCGGAUACCGAGACGAAUUGUCCUUAAUGUUCCGCGAUGAGAGUCAACAGGUCGUUCGGAAGGCACGGACCUGGACCUCAGCGCGCAAGACUAAACCAGCCAAUAAAUCCGGCUCUAGUGGCCGGUCUGAGACUCCCUCUGGGGGUAGCAGUGGAACUACUAGUAAUAGCCCCGGUGCCGCAUCGGAAUCCAGUAACAUUGGGGACUUCAAUGAGAAUACAGGCUUACAACGAGAGCUUGUCACUCAGCGUCCUCUCGAGCUACAGCCUUCGUAUCAACCCACCAAGAAUGAAGCCAUCUGCUUCUUUCUGAGCCAGAAUAAUUGGAUUGGAAGCAUCUGGAUGAGGCCAGACUCUGCCACAGAAUUUAUCCUCGAUUUACGGUCCUCACCCAGUCAGCAAGCUAUGAUAGCUAGUAUGACUUCUGCAGGAAUGGCCAUGCUCGCUCGCGCCAGGCGAUCCACUCCCCUAAGGAUUACCUCGGAGAAAGAGUACGGACAAGCGUUACAGCUGCUUACUUCUGCUGUCACCGAUGAGAAAGAGGCUAGGGAAAAUUCUACCCUGGCCGCUGUUAUACUUCUAGCGAUAUUUGAGGUUGUCUCUAGUAGAGCCCCGCAGAAUCUCGACAACUGGACAAAUCAUAUUUCUGGGGCUGCUGCACUCUUGGAGUUGAGAGGCGUGGAACAACUUCAGAAAGCUGAAGGGUUAAAGUUGUUCUUACAACUAAGAUAUCAGAUUAUUAUCAGCUGCUUGCAACGAGAGGCUCGAGUGCCGCAGUCAGUCCUUGACUGCGCAAGGGUGGCCCAAUUUCUGCGGCCCCAGACCGAAGCUUAUAGCGACCGAUUGAUCAGUAUAAGUGGCCGACUGGCCAAUCUCCGGGCAGAUAUACGUGAUAAAGUCAUCACCGACCAUCAGGAGAUCUUGUCCACUGUUUAUAGCAUUGAAGGCGAGUUGAUGGCAUGGCUUGCGGCUCUGCCGCCUCGAUUUCUGUAUACCACCAUCGAAAGCCCCUGGCCUACCCAAUCCGAUUGGGGUUUCAAUUCGUACAAUAACCGAUUUCACGUGUACCAAGACCUAUGGCUCUGUCACGCGUGGAACCAAUAUCGCUGUGCCCGGAUUAUGAUCAGCGAAUACAUCCUCACAUACACAUAUCGACUGAAAACCAAUACGACUCUCACUCCCGAUCUAGCUAGUCAUCUCGCGCAAGUUCGCGACAAGGCUAGACAGUUGGCUCUCGAUAUAUGCGCCAGUGUGCCGUAUCACUUUAGCGCCGACCUCGUUACCGGCGAGGCUACUACAUUCAAGACGGUGACAUUGGAAUAUGGCUUCAUCCGUGGCAUGAUUCUUCUGUGGCCCUUAUUUCUUGCUGGCGCUACUGAGCCGAAGGGUCAUUCCCUACGCAAAUGGGUGGUUGAUUGUCUAGCGCUUAUUGGUAACCGCCUGGGCAUCGAUCAGGCUCUGGCCCUGAUUGAUAUCUUGGAAAUCGGCGAGACGUUCGAUGUCCUCGGGCAGACGGACGAUGAACGUAUUCAUGAAAGGGUGACAGCACUCCACUGAGACGCUUCUAGAGAUGGAGGGGUCUCGACCCUUUGAUACGAUUUGAUACCUAGUGUAUAUCUAUGAACAUAAAUAAUCUACUUGUCAAUAGCGAUGAAUGUAUAGCGAU